AUGCACAUUUCAAUAUUGGUUUUGGCACUUGCUGGUGGUGUGCUUGGUGGACCACUGAAACAAUGUUCUCAAGGUGAUGGAUUAUACGCAAUCGGUUGUAAUUCGAAAUAUAUUCAAUGUGUUAAUGUGAGUGAAUUCAUGGGAAGUUUCCAAUGAAAAUAACGAUUUUCAGGGCGUUGAAUACGAGCAAAAUUGUCCACCCGGUUUAUACUUUGAUCACGUUUUAUCUCGAUGCGAACGCAGAAAUAAAAUCUCAUUGUGCAGUUCUUCAUCAAAAAAUACCAACAAUCGUCAAAAAGCUAUGUAAGUUUGAAAAAUUUCACUUUUAAACCUUUUCAUCUUUCUUUUUUAGUCGAAUCAAUUGCAAAAACAAGGAAUCUGGUGACUAUGCUCUUCAACGAAAUGUUUGUAACGAGAAUUAUUAUCAAUGUGCAAAUGAGAUCAGUUACAUGAGAAAAUGUCCAUACAACCAACAAUUCAGUGAUUCUAUCAAACGUUGUGAUUAUGCUGAAAAUUGCGAAAAAUCAUUGAGAAGUCAAUUGAAAGAAGAUGCUGGAGAAGCUCAUAAACAAUUCAUUGCUACACUUCCACCAGGUGUUAGCACUGAAGAAGUCGAUCAAAUUGAACAUGGAAUUGAUUGUAAUCUUCUUCCAAACGCAACAAUCAGCAAAUAUACUUGCUCGCCAUAUUUUUUCCAAUGUUCUCAAGGAAAAUUGUAUAAAAAACAAUGUCCAAGUGUGAGUUAUCUGCGUUUAUUCUAAAGUUUUUCUUUUUAAAUUUUCAGGGACUCGUCUACAACGUCGAGCAAAAUUUGUGUGACUAUCCAGAGAGCUGCACCAACUAUAUUGCAUCAACUGCAACCCUUGUGGUUGCCACAUCAACAACAACAACAUCUUCUCCAGUAACCACUGAAGCGGCCACAACUUCCGUUUAUGGAUCAGCUGAAACUACAACAAUUUCACAAAAUGAUGUUCAAGCUGAUGUUCCAGCCAAUUUCAACUGCACUGGAAAGGUAAAGUUUUUUUUUUAAAUCAAAUGUUUUCUAAUCAACAAAACUUCCAGGAAGAUGGAUUUUAUGAGGUUGAACAUUGUGGAGCAACUUUUGCAGCAUGCACAAAUCAAAUCGCCUCAAUUAUCCCAUGUAAUGAUCAACUUUUGUAUGAUGUACGACUCAAUGCUUGUUCCUAUCCAGAAGCUUGCAGGUAGUGAUAUUUACAGAACUGAAUUUCUAUAAUGGUAUAAGUUCUAGAUCUCCACUAACCCAAGAAGAAGUUCCAAACAUCUUCAAUCAUGGUGGAAUUCAAACCAAACCAAAAAACACAUCGGCUCCCGAUUUCGAUUGCUCAUCUCAAACUGAUGGUUUUUAUACAAUCACACCAUGCACUUCAACAUAUAUUCAAUGCAGUGGAGGUUUAACUUAUACCCAAACUUGUCCAACAAAUUUGGUAUACAGUGUUGCAACUAGAACUUGUGAUUAUUCUAAAAAAUGCUCAUCGGAAACCACAACAACUUCUGAACCAACCACAACAGUGUUGGAGACAACAACAUCGACUGAAGCACCAACACCUUCAACUGUUGAUGAAUUGGAAAUUGAAUCGACCACUGUCGAAGUUCCAACAACUCAACCAUCCACAACUGUAGCUGAAACAACAACCGUCGCAAGUUCAACACCUGCUGCUGAUGUUAUUCCGUGAGUUUUUGUUUAUCAGAUAAUCAAAUAAUCCAGUAAUUUUCUCUUUCAUAGUUUUUCGCUAACUUUUUUUGGUCUUCCAGAUUUUCCUGUGCUUCCCUUGAAAAUGGAAAUUAUGCAUCUGGAUCUUGUCAAACAAAUUUUUAUCAAUGUUGGAAUGGUCUGGUCACAAAAACCGAUUGUCCAUCAAACCUUGUCUUCAAUCCAUAUCAAGGACAAUGCGAUUAUCCAUCAAGUCAACUCGGUUGUGGCCCAAGCCGUGAUGUUCCAGCAACAACCAUCUCGACCACAACAAAAACUUCUACUACUCCAGCUCCAGUAUCAACAGAAGAAGUGGUCGUUUCAAACACAACCAUUCAAACUUCUACCACAACCACAGCUGCUCCAAUCGUUCAAACUGGAAAUUCUGAUCCAUUCUGUGAACUUCUUGCUGAUGGAACUUAUCAUUCAGGAGAAUGCAAUGAAUAUUUCUACAAAUGCCAUAAUUUCGAAACAACCAAACUCAAAUGUCAAGCUGGUCUCUUCUACAACACUGAAAAUGGGCAAUGUGAUUAUAAGAAGAAUAUCGUCGGAUGUGGAGCAACUCCAACAACAACAAUUGCACCAACUACCACAAAUGCGCCAGCGAUUGCUUACACUUGCAUUGGUAAAGUUGAUGGAAUUUAUGCUCUUCCAUAUUGCUCAAGAAACUAUGUUCAAUGUGUGAGCGGAAGUGCAAUUGUUGCUUCUUGCACAGAAGGAUUAUUCUACAGUGAACAAACUGGACUUUGCGAUUAUUCUCAAAAUGUUAUUACUUGUACCGCAAAAGCUGUCGAUGUCCCAGAAAAUGCUUGUUCUGGAAAAACUGAUGGAUAUUAUUCAACUGGAUGUACUGCUCAAUACUAUUCUUGUAGUUCUGAAAAAAUCAGACAGGUAAUUUUUCCAAUUUUCAGCUAUAAAGUUUUCAAUUGAAAAAAACGUUUUCAGCACGAAUGUCCAUCCCAUCUUAAAUUCUCCCAAGAGAAACAAUACUGCGACUAUCCACAAGACAUUGAACAAUGCACAAUUCCACCAUCAGCCCAGGCACCACCAACGUAAAUUUUCUUUUUUUACUCAAUUACUCAAUCCAGGAUCUACUUUUUCAUUUUCAGAAUUGAUGUGAACUUCUGUUUUGGCCGAGCUAGCACUGUCUUCGCAUUCGCCAAAUGUUCCGAACACUAUAUUGUUUGUGACAAUGGAAUCGCAACUGGUGGAACUUGCGCAACUCCGUUGGUUUUCAAUGAAGCUAGCGGGCUUUGCGAUUACCGUAGUAAUCAUCCAGAAUGUGGAUCACAAUAA